AUGUCCACCCUAGAUGUCGAGGCUCUGCUAGAUUCGACUGCGAAUGCCUCCCCUCUCGACCAGAAUGGAGCUACAAAACCGAAGGAUGGUGAUGACCGACAUAAAACAGAGCGAAAUGACCGACGCGAUCGAGAGCGUAACCGUGACGGCAGCAGAGAUCGCGACCGAGACCGAAAGCGAAGAGAUCGCAGCCGCGACAGAGUGCGUAGGGAGACAAACGGAGAUAAAGAGUUGAUUGGUACACCUACAAGUGAACAUGGAAGUGCUCAGGGAAGUGUCAAGAGUAGGCGUAGGAGCAGAAGUCGAGAUGAUGACCGCCGACACUCACGUCGUCACAGAGACAGCCCUGACGAGGCCGGCCGUAGAGAUGGAGACUUCUAUCGAGGAGGCGGUCGUCCUCGUUCACGCUCUAGGAGUCCCAACAGAUACUAUCGGCCCCGUGGAGGGGAUCGCCGCGAUCGCGACGAUAUAGAAAACAAACCGAGGGAUGAUCGCCGAGGAGGCCGAAACGAAGGUCGUCGUCAGAGUAGAAGCCCAAAACGAGAGAACACUCCUCCCUUGACGGAGGAUGAGCGUGAUCGUCGCACGGUUUUUGUUCAACAGCUUGCUGCUCGUCUUAGGACUAAAGAACUCAUAGCUUUUUUCGAAAAGAUUGGACCCGUUAAAGAGGCCCAGAUUGUCAAGGAUCGUGUCAGUGGCAGAUCCAAAGGUGUGGGUUAUGUUGAGUUUAAGAACGAAGAAUCGGUCCCUGCUGCUAUUCAACUCACUGGUCAAAAACUCCUAGGAAUCCCAAUUAUUGCUCAGCUCACCGAAGCCGAGAAGAAUCGCCAAGUCCGCAACCCUGAAGCUACUGGUAACAAUCCGAAUCAGAUCCCUUUCCAUCGACUGUACGUGGGUAAUAUACAUUUCAGCAUCACUGAAAGCGAUCUACAGAAUGUUUUUGAACCUUUUGGCGAGCUUGAGUUCGUUCAGUUGCAAAAGGAAGAGCAAGGUCGUAGCCGAGGCUAUGGAUUUGUCCAAUUUCGUGACCCCAACCAGGCGCGUGAGGCAUUAGAAAAGAUGAAUGGGUUUGACUUGGCUGGUCGCCCAAUUCGUGUUGGUCUUGGAAAUGAUAAGUUUACUCCCGAAUCUACCGCGAGUCUACUGCAGAGAUUCCAAGGGCAGAGCCACCAACAACAAUUCCAGGGUUCUGCAUUCUCCGGAGCUGGCGGACGUGGUCCCCAAGCGGCCAGCGGUGGCAACUUUGAUCGCGCAGGUGGCCGUGAUAACGACAAGAGCGCUGGGGGCGCCAGUGCCUUGGAUGACACCGACGUUGGUGGCGUAAACUUCAACAAUUAUAGUCGAGAUGCAUUGAUGAGGAAGCUGGCCAGAACUGAUGAACCCGCCCCAACUUCAAACGGCCGCGACGAGAGGCGCGAAAUCUCGAAGCCAAAGAUGGAGACCAAGCCUCUUCCAGUCAAUGUCAAUAUGGCAAGUAGAUGCGUUGUCCUUAAGAAUAUGUUUGACCCUACUGAAGAAGAAGGUGAUGCCUGGGAAAAAGAAUUGGAGGAUGACGUCCGAGCAGAGGCUGAAGAGAAAUAUGGCCACGUUGUUCACAUUGCUUUAGAUCCUAACUCCCAGGGCGACAUUUACCUGAAGUUCGACCGAGUACAAGGCGGAGAAAAUGCCAUCAAAGGUCUAAACGGCAGAUACUUUGGAGGUCGGAUGAUUAGCGCUACUCCUGUUGUGGAUGCAGUCUACAGCAGUUUGUUCUCACGCACCAAGGCUAUCUAA